CUGAACGUUAUGCUGAUGCAGAUCGUGAAAAGAAAGAAUCUAUUGAAGCACUUAAUCGUGCUGACUCCGUGGUUAGCGAUAUAGAGAAGAGUAUGGCCGAAUUCAAAGAUCAAUUAGAUUCAUCGGAAGCUGAAAAUAUCAAAUCACAGAUUCAAUCAGUGCGUGACUUGACGACUAAAGCGCAAGGCGGUGAAGAUGUUAAAGCAGAGGAUAUUAAUGCUAAGAUUUCUGAAUUGCAAACUAGUAGCCUGAAAUUGUUUGAAAUGGCAUAUAAGAAGCGAAGUGCAGAAAAUCCGCAACCAGACUCUACAGAAGAGAAUAAAGAUGAUAAAGGUGACAAAGAACAGUAA